AUGACAUCGCACCCGCUCAAUAUCAGCCUUCCCAUAGUCGAGGCGGAAGGUCUGUUCCUCACGGGUCCGAUUGAGAGGAUUGAUUUACCAGGCCUGCGAGAAUUUGAAAGCAUAUACAUCAACUCAUCCCUUCCUCUAGACUGUGGUCCACUGGUUAGGCAAUUCAGCGAUACAGCAAACACGAAAUCGGCCAGGUACACAUGUAAAUCUACGGCCGAGGAAGACGCUGGCCUCUCUAUGCGCGUGAAAGUGGCUAUUGGAGUGGUUAUUGGCGUGGUUGGGGCUGGGAUAUUGGGAGGUUUGGCGUUCUGGUGGAGGAGGAGAAGGCACGGGUUGUCCAAGUCUUGUCACGUUAGCCAAGUUGAGCUCACAGACUUGUCUCGCGGUGGAGUUCGUGGACAGAGGAAUUGGGAACGGGCCCCGAAUGAUGAGGCGCCGCCUCCGUACUCUCCGCGAUAG